AUGGAUAGAUGCUCGAGGCGCUUUUGCAAGUUAAAACGAGGAAGUAAAAAGCAGACUGAUAUUCAUCGAAGCCUCUCUCUAUCCGCUCCUAGUGCUCCUGCAGCACGUCUGCUUGGCCAUUUUGACUAUCAACGCUCCACUGAUGCUUCUAAGCGUUUUACAGUCAGUGGCCUCGUUGAUCUCCUCCUGAUUGGUCAAUAUGUCAAGGCACAAGAACUCGGCACUAUGGCCAAUGGGUCGCAACCACUGAUGACCGAGGUUGUUCACCUUGGAGACCUCUUUCCGAGGGCCUUAUCUCCUUUCAUUGCCCUGUACCAUCAGAGAGGUGCAACAGAUGGUACUCGUUAUGGAUGUCGACUUCAAUAUCCCUUCACCUUGAAGGAGGCAUAA